UGCACUGUUAGAAACGCAAGCAUGCCUUUCGGUAACACCCACAACAACUUCAAACUCAACUUCAAAGUUGAGGAGGAGUACCCUGACCUCACCAAGCACAACAACCACAUGGCCAAGGUGCUGACCAAGGACAUGUAUGCCAAGCUGAGGGACAAGCAGACCCCCUCCGGCUUCACCCUGGAUGACGUCAUCCAGACCGGUGUCGACAAUCCUGGUGAGUGCCACACAUCUCCCAUACACCCCCUGAGGAUAGACAAUAACCACCGCAAACACACAACUGUCAAAGGUAGAACUGAGCAGGUAUCCCUACAAUAGUCUGCAAAACCAUUGAAGCCUGCUGUGCUAAAGCUUAGGCAUCAAUCAAUCAUAAUGCCAUUGCUUAAGAGAUACUAAUACCACAAUAUAUAAUAUAGCCUAGAUUAUGGUUGCAAAGCUACCAGCAAUUUACCAAACUUACCCGAAUUUUCUGUUAUGUUGGCAAUUAACAGGUAAUCUAUGGCGAUCUAUGGACAUUUUGGUAAUUUGGUAAAAACUAAAAAAGAAUGUUCAUAAAUAGUAUGCAUUUUUUAUAUAUGUGUCCAUAUUGUCCGUGAGUUUGUAGUGGAACAAAAAAAAUGGGUAAACUGCAUUUACUUACAUUUACCCUCCAUUACACCAGUGUUUACAUGUGAUAAGGCCACACAGAGGUCCAGAGAUACUUACAGACACCUGUGAUAAUCUGAAGUACCCAAAAAGGCCACUAGAUGUCAUCUGAUAAAAUAAAAUGAAAAAGAAACGUGAACGUUACCAAAAUUCUGGUAGUUUACUGGUAAGCUUCAAACAUUUCCAGUAAUACCUUCCCUUUGCAACCCUAGAUGAAGCGGAUGGUCAGGGGGCCGGAACAUAAUAGCAAAUAAUUUGUAGACUGCAAAUUGACCGCAAGAAGCCCAAACAGAUAUAUAUAUUUGACUAAAACAUAAUCAUUUCAAACCUUGCUUACAUUUGUAUACAAUCACGUUUCUCUCUUAUGUGUGGGAAUACUUGGGAACAAAUUUCCAAAAUGUAAAUAACUUGGAGCUGAUUUGCUGGUGUUUUUACAGUCUUUUAUGUCCAACAUAAAAAACAUGCGGGGCCAAAUAAAAUCACAAGCGGGCCAGAUUCGGCUGAUGGGCCACCAGUUGGGGAGCCCUGUAAUACUGUAUGUGUAGUGCAUUUUACAUAUCACACACUUUCUUGAAGUCUUGCAUAUCUUUUACACCACAGAGUGGUAUAUUAAAGUCAGUAAGCCUACUUUGUAGGUGUGCUGCCAUCUUACCCUCCUCUCCUCUCUCUGUCCUCAGGUCACCCCUUCAUCAUGACCGUUGGCUGCGUGGCUGGUGAUGAGGAGUCCUACGAGGUCUUCAAGGAUCUGUUGGACCCCAUCAUCUCAGACCGUCAUAGUGGAUACAAGCCCACAGAUAAGCACAAGACCGACCUGAACUUCGAGAACCUGAAGGUAGAGACGUUCCUCUGACAUGUUUUAUGGGUUUCAUUCAAUAUAGGAGGAGUACUGCUGAGCAAAAGUAGUGUAGAAAAAUUGUGAAUAAUCUCUUCAACACAUAGGAGGUUGGGAAUCACAAACUUGUUUGAGCCACUUCAAAUGUUCAGGUCUAAAACUCAGUUGUGACCUUGUCUCUGUGUAAGGGAGGUGAUGACCUGGACCCCAACUACGUCCUGUCCAGCCGCGUGCGUACCGGCCGCAGCAUCAAGGGAUACGCCCUGCCCCCCCACAACAGCCGUGGCGAGCGCAGAGCAGUGGAGAGACUGUCUGUCGAGGGUGAGCCUCCCAGCUACCAAUAGCUACAUAUGCAUACACAGGAUUGUGCAUGAAGCUAGGUAGUAAAACUAACAAAAGGGAGUUUAUUGGAAAUAUAGAUAAGGGUCAUAUUAACAAAGUGGUGAUCUAGGAUACAUUUUUUCCUCCAUAAAUAAUAUGAUUAUGGAUAGGACCUGAACCUAGAUCAGCACUCCUACUCUGAGAUGCUUUGUGGAUACAGGUCCAGAAUUCUUAGCGAACAGCUUCUAGCUGUUAAGAGUGGGGGGAGGAGAGAACAUUAUAUUUCAUAUUUUUUUCUGUGUCUCCAGCUCUGAACACCCUGGACGGUGAGUUCAAGGGAAAGUACUACCCCCUGAAGGGCAUGACAGAUGCCGAGCAGGAGCAGCUGAUCAAUGACCACUUCUUGUUUGACAAGCCCGUCUCCCCCCUGCUGUUAGGCGCUGGUAUGGCCCGUGACUGGCCCGACUCAAGAGGAAUCUGGUACCCAGAACACAGACCCAUACAAUACUCAGACCCAUAUACUAUAUCUCAGUGUGUCUAAUGUAUCAUGUGAUAUGUGCUCCCUCCUUUCUGAAGGCACAAUGACGGGAAGAGCUUCUUGGUUUGGGUGAACGAGGAGGAUCACCUUCGUGUCAUCUCCAUGGAGAAGGGCGGCAACAUGAAGGAGGUCUUCAGACGCUUCUGCGUUGGUCUGAGAAAGGUACCUACUCAAGCCAUAUUGACAUGGCACAAAAACGUCCGUAACACCUUGCAAUGACAUGAAAACGUUGAGAGACAAAGACAAGAAUGUUGAUACUGUAUAUGGUUGUUUCUACAUUUACAUUUUUUUACAUUUUAGUCAUUUAGCAGACGCUCUUAACCAGAGCGACUUACAGGAGCAAUUAGGGUUAAGUGCCUUGCUCAAGGGCACAUUUACGUCAUUUAGCAGACGCUCUUAGCCAGAGCGACUCACAAAUUGGUGCGUUCACCCUAUAGCCAGUGGGAUAACCACUUUACAAUUUGGGGGGGGGGGGGGGGGGGGGUUAGAAGGAAUACUUUAUUACUUUAUAGGAACAGUUUCUCUGACCUGAUAGAUUGAGGAGACCUUCAAGAAGCACAACCACUGCUUCAUGUGGAAUGAGCAUCUAGGCUAUGUGCUGACCUGCCCAUCAAACCUGGGAACUGGCCUGCGCGGUGGCGUGCACGUCAAGCUACCCAAGCUGAGCACACAUGCCAAGUUCGAGGAGAUCCUGGGCAGGCUGCGUCUGCAGAAGCGUGGCACAGGUACGCACACGCACAACAAAAAACACAUCCAGAACAGCUGCUGAUAUAUUCAACUGUAAUUCGUCACAGAUCACGAGUCUUACCUUUUACAACAAAACAUGUAAAAAGGAACAGAGAUUAGUAUGAGCGAAAGCUAUUAUGAAAUAGCCAUGUCCACAGCUGUUAAGACGUCUAUUCACUGAGUCUGUAUUUUUGUUGACAUCUGGAUAAUUUAUAGUAUGAGUAAGGAUGCAGAGAUUGUCUGAGACAAACACUUACACCCGCAUCUCUCCCCCUUUUCCCUGCUCUCUCCAGGUGGCGUGGACACCGCCUCCGUGGGUGGAGUGUUCGACAUCUCCAACGCUGACCGUCUGGGCUCCUCCGAGGUGGACCAGGUCCAGAUGGUGGUGGAUGGGGUCAAGCUCAUGGUGGAGAUGGAGAAGAAGCUGGAGAAGGGAGAGGCCAUCGACGGCAUGAUCCCCGCCCAGAAGUAAAGAGUUGUUGACGUCGUUGGUUAUCUUUUGUUUUUCUAUUGUCAAGUCAUGUGCAAUCGAGCCAACCAACCGGCGUGCAGAGGAAACCGCCACUCGCUCUAGAGACUUGACUCUACCACUCAGCUCAUUUUCUUCUUUCCUUCUGAGCUCUCUCUCGCUCGCCUUUGUCGUUCUGUUUUUUCCCUUUCCUUUUCUUUCUUCUGCCAUUUAUUCCCACUUUUCUCCUGUUCAGUCGGUAACGUCCUGGGAUCUGUAGUCGGGCUUGUCUGACAGAUGUGGCAUCACAUGGGUUGUUAAAGGUUGUCAUUAAAAGUUAUCAUUGAAACUGUGGUCCAAUAAACCUAUCACCAUGAACAAAUACAGA